GUGCAUGGAGAUUGUGCUGGCCAGCAGCAGGAGAUGAAGGGGACAUUUCACCCAAGUCUGUGGGGUGAUUUCUUCCUUACUUACCAGCCGCCUUCUUCGGCGCAGGAAACUCAAAUGCAAGAAAGGGCUGAAGUGUUAAGGGAACAAGUAAGAGCGAUUAUAAGAGAUUCAAAUGAAAUACCAAAAAUACUAGAUCUGAUAAUCACUCUAGAACGACUUGGUUUGGACUACCUCUACGAGAAUGAGAUCAACAAGCUACUGGAUGUUGUUUCCAUCUCUGACUAUGAUGAUGAUAAUCUGCACUUGGUUUCGCUCCGGUUUUACCUUCUGCGAAAAAAUGGAUAUGAUGUGUCAUCCGAUGUAUUCCUGAAUUUUCAAGACAAAAAAGGAGAUUUUAUUAAUGCUGACACAAGAAGUCUGCUAAGCUUAUACAAUGCGGCAUAUCUGAGAACCCAUGGUGAGAAAGUACUUGAUGGGGCUAUCUCGUUCGCUACGAUACACCUUCUGCGCGAAUUCAAACAUUUGAAUUCACCAGAUGCAAAGGAAGUGUCUGCUGCCCUUGAUACACCUCUUUUUAGAAGGGUUGGGACAUUAGAAACAAGGAAUUACAUACUCAGUUAUCAAAAAGAGGCUACACGGAAUGAAGCCAUAUUGGAGCUUGCAAAGCUGAAUUUUAACCUUCUACAGCUUCGUUUCUGUGAGGAGUUAAAGGGGGUCACGCUGUGGUGGAAGGAGCUCUACGGCAGAUCAAAUUUGAGUUUUGUUAGAGACAGAAUAGUAGAAGUGUAUUUCUGGAUGAACGGAUCAUGCUACAAUCCUCAAUAUUCCCAUUCACGAAUUAUACUUACAAAGAUCACAGCUUUCAUUACCAUAAUAGACGAUAUAUUUGACACAUAUGGUAGCACCCAAGAGAGUAUGAAACUUCAAGAAGCAAUUAAGAGGUGGGAUGAAAGUGCUGUAGCUCUGCUUCCAGAAUACAUGAAGGAUUUCUACUUAUAUUUACUAGAGACAUUUUCUUCCUUUGAGAAUGAGUUAGGACAUGACAAGAGCUACCGUGUAUUCUAUCUGAAAGAAACGUUGAAGAAAUUAGUUCAAGCAUAUGCUGACGAACUAAAAUGGCGUGAUGAACAUUAUGUGCCGAAAACAAUCAGCGAACAUCUUGAAGUUUCAUCAACAAGCAUUGGACCCUUCCUGCUGGCAUGUGCAGCAUAUGUUGGAAUGGAUGACAUAAAAACAGAGGAGACUUUCAAGUGGGUUUUGGACGAUCCACAACUUAUCAAGUCUUUGGGUGUAUUUGUCCGGCUCUCAAAUGAUAUAGUAUCAACAAAGCGUGAGCAAGCAGGGGACCACUCUGUCUCUACUGUCCAGUGUUACAUGAAGGAGCAUGGGACAACAAUGCAUGAUGCAUGCCAACAGAUUAAAGGACUUAUCGAAGAUUCAUGGAAGGAUAUGUUAGAACAUUCUCUUGCGGCGAAGAACCAACCCAUGGUCGUGUCACAGACGAUACUUCAUUUUGCUCGGGCUUCGGGUAAUAUGUACAAGCUUAACGAUGGAUACACUGCUUCAGACACAAUCAAAGAUGCCAUAAGACUGCUCUUUGUGGAGCCGAUUGAAUAGAUGGACAAAGCUGGCAUAUAUCCUGUCUGAACCUGGAGUAAAUAUAUAAAUAUGUACCAACUAUAUUGUGAUCUCCCCCGCAAAAUAAAAACUAUAUUGUGAUUUGGCAACAGCAACAUCCAGUCAGGUUCAAGAAGAUGGUGAUUAAUCUGAAGCAGUCAACUCAGAUUUCUUGAAUGUAAGAAGUAUGUUGUAUCAAUUCAAGUAAAAGUAGUGUGCAUUUGUGCUUGCCCGUAUGUAAUAAUUGUUCUAGUGGUUGUUCUAAAGGCA